AUGCCGAACCGCCUCUGCCAGAGAAAAGGACAAGCAAAGAACCAGUUCGUCAGAGGACCUUGUGCUGUUGCACCUUAUGAUAGGAAGAAGUAUACGGCUAUCUGUAUCAAAGAAGAAACAAAUAACCGUUUCCCACGAGUUGAGCAAUGCGAUGAUGGAAGCUACUGCUGUAACUACGACUCGGGAUGCUGCGUUGGAGGCCGUGGUGUAUUUCUUAGCUCGGAUGGUAGCAUAGAGGAUAAUUCAACCUCGACAACUUCUGAGCUUUCAUCAACAUUCUCGACGUUGUCCACAACACUGUCAACAUUCUCAACCGAAUACUCGACUACAACUUCCGAACCAUCCACGACUGCAACAGCGGAAGCUGACACUGAAGAUGAAGAUGCUGACAACAGUCAAGGAGUCAAGAUCGGACUUGGCGUCGGUAUACCAAUCGCUGCCAUCAUUGCUGGUCUGUCCACCUGGCUUUUCUUUCGCAGACGGUCCAAGAAGCAAAACCUACCUUCUUCAUACCCUGCGACGAGUAACAUGUAUGAAAAAUCUGGUGCCAAGAUUCUUUGGACGCCGCAGGAACUUGAUGGUUAUAAUGGGAUGACUGGAGUUUACAAUGGACGGAGUGCAAAGAUUCCUGGAAAGCCACAGGAGCUUCAAGGUUGA